AUGAACAGCUUCUCCCACUCAAACCUCCACCAACGAGACCCGCGCUCCUCUUCCUCCCUCUUCGACUCCUACAGCGGCGACAGAGGCUCUCGGCCUMCCAGCCGUUCMCCUGCCACAAAUGCUACUUCUUCGACCUACGCAAACGCAUAUCCCGGUGCUGUGAGUAAUGGAUACCCGAACGGGGGCGGUGGAUUAUAUCCCGGAGGACAGGGGCAGCAGCAUGGCUACAGGGCUGCGACGCCGAACUCGAGGGGUCAUUAUUCGGAUGCGGUGUUAUCGGAAUUAGAAUCUCAAAACGAUAAUGAAGUCGAAGGAAUCACGGCCAAGGUCAAGGCCCUCAAAGAGCUUACAGUCGCAAUUGGCGACGAAAUCCGCUCUUCAUCCAACCUGGCAGAUACCAUGAACGAAGCCUUCGAUAGCACCCGCGUCCGUCUCCGCGGAACAAUGAACCGUAUGCUGCGCAUGGCCGAACGGACGGGCGUUGGCUGGAAAGUCUGGGUUGGGUUUUUCCUAGCUGUGUUUUUGUUGUUUUCUUAUGUCUGGCUGUUUUGA